AUAUAAAACAUAUGUGGUAGCCCAACACCAAGAAGACUCUGAUAAACCCUAAUUUCUCCGGUUGGGAGCUCUCAAAAACCCUUGUAGCUUUGGGGCAAUCACUCUGCGCUUGAAGUCUCCGACGUCACUCAUCAUGACUGCAGAAGCUGUGAACCCGAAAGCCUACCCGUUGGCAGAUGCUCAGCUCACUAUAACUAUUCUCGACUUGGUUCAGCAGGCUGCCAAUUACAAGCAACUCAAAAAGGGUGCUAAUGAAGCAACUAAGACGUUGAAUAGGGGGAUUUCUGAGUUCAUUGUGAUGGCGGCAGAUACAGAGCCCCUAGAAAUUCUUCUUCACCUUCCUCUUCUUGCUGAAGAUAAGAACGUGCCAUAUGUUUUUGUUCCUUCUAAGCAAGCGCUAGGACGUGCAUGUGGAGUAACGAGACCAGUUAUUGCCUGUUCUGUGACUAGCAACGAGGGAAGCCAGUUGAAAUCCCAAAUACAGCAAUUGAAGGAUGCCAUCGAGAAACUUCUUAUCUAAAUUACAUACAAGCCUUUUCCAGUGUGAUGGGCCUCUGGAGCCAACCCCGAGGCUUGGACGGAGUGAGCUUUCUUCUUCAAGUGUUUGUUUCAUCAUCUGUUUUGCUCUUAUCUAGACCUAUUUAUAACCGUGUUAAUUUUAACGAGUAAUGUUCACUAUUGGCACACGAAAAACAAAUGAAACUUGCUUGUUCUUAGUUGUUGGCUUUCUACAAAAAUCUUCCGAUGUCUAUGUGAAGUAUGUUGCGCUUCAGUUUUCAGUACUAGUUUCAAUUGUAGCUCUCCUAAAUUAAAGGUUUUACAUAUAAAGACGAUUUGUUUAAUA